AUGGUCCAUUCUGGGGAGAAGCGGUUUAGGGAGGGAGCUAUAGACUCCAUAACAAUGGAGAAUUGGAUGGCAUAUACUGGUCCUGUACGUCUGAAAGCGCUUCCGGGAGUGAACAUAAUAGCUGCUGCUAACGGUUGUGGUAAGAGUGCGAUCGUUUGUGCCAUAGCUAUUGGUCUUGGAUUUGAUCCCAGUGUUUUAUCUCGGGGUGAUAACAUCCGUGCUUUUAUAAAGCGUGGCUGUAAGAAAUCGAAACUUCAAAUAGGGCUUAUAGAUCGUACUUCACCUAACGGAGUAACAUUGAUAACCCGUAAUAUGACUAUAGUUGCGUCGUCCAGUUCUUCUAAAUCCACCGACCGUGAUGCGGGGUUAGAUGAUGUCGAUGAGGAGUUGGAGGAAGAGGCGUUACCUGGGCUUGACUACGAUGACCUUUUUGAGGAACCUGCUGAGAAUGCCAAGCGAAAAAACGAGGAUGAUGAUGAGGAUUACGAUGUGAAGAAGCCCCAAAGGAACGGUCGUCAGAAAUCUAAGAAGCGUAAGGCCGCUAAGGACAAGGCUGUUUCUGUCCCCAGUGUACCGGUUACCUCUCCAACGCCUCCAAAACAGUCAGCCUGGGUACGUACUGAAUGGUUGAUUAACGGUCGUUCUGCUACAUUGGAGAUGGUGAAGCAGUUACAGAAGCGUCUUAACAUUCAGGUCAACAACUUGUUAACCUUUUUAGCUCAGGCUAACGUGGGUAAAUUUGCAUCUCUUUCCCCUCAGAAUUUAUUGAGGUCAACUUUGAACGCCAUAGAGCCAUCUUUAUGUGAUGAUUUGGAGUCCAUCAUCGAUAUGUCCAAGGAUGUGAAGUUGCAGCGUUCUACUAUGCAGAUGUUGAUCGACGAUCUUAACGCGACUACAAUGAAGAUAACUCAGCUUAAGGUGAUAAACGAGACUUUGAGUCAGUUAAAGGAUGCGACAUUGUAUGCUAACCUUGUAAAGCAGAAGCUUUAUCGCAUCAAGUUGUCUAACUUGGAGAAGGGUUGCAAAGCCACAAAAACUAAGUUUACCUCUACAGGUACUCAUUACCAAAGAUUGAAAGAGGAUAAGUUGAUGAUGGAUCAUAAGCUGAAAAGUCUAACUUUGCAGCAUGACAAGUUGAUUCGUCAGGUGCGUGCUAAGAUCGUGAAGGCUAAGGGUCUUAAGAUUUUGGAGUCUGUAAAGCCUGUCAAGGGUGCUGACGUUGAGGUUGUACCUUUAUCAGACAACAACAUCAUCGACAAGGUAUUUUACAAAGCGCUUACUGAGUUGCGUACAUUUACUGCUAACAAGACUGCGAAAAGUGGUCUCGUUUCUUCUGGUGAGUCUAACCGUGGCGUUCUUGAAGAGCGUCUUGCUGCUGUUAACAAGCAAAUAGAGCUAUUAAAAAUGCAGAUAGCUGGUGAGCAUGAGUUAACGGGUGAGAUUGCGGAAUGUCGUAUGCAGGAGGAGGCUCUGAAGUCCAAGCUUCACGCUUUACAGAAGACUGCUAUCCGUAAAUAUGAUGACAUUCAGGUUGAGAACCUUCUUCAGAAGUUGAACUCUAUAAAGCGUGAUGGUUAUCGUCGGUUUAUACGUUGGCGUCGUGAGCGUCUUACUUUGCAGUUGUCGGAUUCUUCUGAAAGCCAGGAUAAAGAUCAAAGAUCUCAUCCAUCUGAAAACCGUGAUAGUAAUGAGUCUCAAGGUGACAGUGCGGUUUCAGCUCCGGUAAAAGAUCAACCUCAAAAAGUUUCCAUGGGUAAAAUGCCGAAACUUUUGGUUAGUGAUGUGAAGGUCUGUGGUCGUACCAACUGUUGUAUCAUUGAAGAGACAGCGAGUCGUUAUUUGGAUUGUUUACUUGUAACCCGUGAUUCUUCGAUUUCGCUUUCCGAGGUGCUAAGCAAGUUUAAGGUCCCAACAUUGACUGAGCCCGAAACCCCUCCUGUGCUUUGUAAAGUUACCGACCGUAUGCGUAGUUUCGGCGUGAAGCUAUUUUUGCAUGAGAUUGUAGAGUGUAGUGACCCUGCUACUAAAUCUGCUCUUGCUAGUGUAGCUCACUUAGGCACUUCAUUUGUUGUUGACGAGAAGGUAUUGCGUGGCCGGUUGGAGUGUGAGUUAUUGCAACUUUCAUCGCAGUCUAGCCAAGACAAUAGCUCAAGCCAAUCAGUUGAUUUGGAACCCCGUUGUGCCAUAUUGAGUGAUGAGGAUGUCAAGAAGAUACCAGACGUAGGUUCUAGUGUCACGUCCAAAAACGGGAGGUUUGCACCUAUUGGCUCUCCACUAGAUGACCUUGUGGUUGAACCCGAGCCUAAUGAGCUGAAGGUUACCAAAAAUGUUCGUAUCCGUGGUAAUCCUAGGGGUCAACCUCGUGAUACCGGUGUUGGUAGAUCAUCUAGAAGUUUGGUUGACCCUGAUCCUCACCAAUUGCGUUUACGUAAGGAGGAAGAGUAUUUCCGUACUUUUUACGAUUGUAUGAAAGAUGAGAUUGGUAAGCAGUUAUGUCAGCGUGUCCGUGUUUUACGUUAUUAUUUGGGUACUAGUCGUCAUAUAUAUCGUGAAUUUCGGGAUACUUCCGAGUUGUAUAGUGAUUAUUCUGUCGACAUUCCGAUAUCUCCGAGUAUUUUGCACGACGCGAGUAAUUCUGUGAAGGUUGACAACACCUCUCAAAUUUCCACUAUUCAGAAAGAGUUGGAUGACUUGUCUGAUAAGAUCAAGGUUCUUUCUGGUAUGUUAUAUGGUCGUAAACAGGAUAACAAGAUGGUUGCCGGUCGUCUUUAUGCGUUGAGUCGUGAGCAGCAUUCUUUAGAGAAGACUUUGCAGAACAUUGGUGUAUCUGUUGGUGUAGUGAGUGCUAAGAACAAGGAUCAGAUUGAGUUUGAGCAGAUGGAGCGUGGUCACAAAGAGCAGAUCCUUGACGCGUUAAGUCGUCGUACUGACACUAUAAUGUCUUGGAUUGACAAGGCUAAAUGGCGUCGUACUACUGUGAACGAUGCUCAAGAGUUGUAUAGUCGUUACAAGAAGGUUAACGACCGUAAGAUUCGUUUGUAUGAUAUCUGUAGUCGUACUACUUCGACUUUUGAAACUGUCGAAUCUGAGUAUAAGCGUUUAGAGGGUACCUUGUCUGAGCAGGAGUGUAAGCGCAAGAGUUACCAGCGUGAUAUUACGGAGUUGAAUAUUUUGAUAAAAGCGAUAAGUGGUGAGAUAGUGCGUUCUACAAGUGCUGAAGACAAGCCUGAAUCUGCUUGUGAACGUGAUGCGUUGAGGAUUCGUCAAGAGAAGUCUAUUAGGUUGGAUCAGAUGACCGAGGGUGACUUGGAGCGUGAGUUACAGCUUGCUGAGAUAGAGGUGAAAAGGUUAGAGCGUGACGAUUGUGAGGAGGCUCAGAACGCCAAGUUGAUGCGUGAUGCUAUAAUUCACGAGCAGAAGUUAUCUACUGAGCUUGCAGAGGCUGAAUCUACGAUUGUUGAGCUUGAUGAGAAGCGUGUGCAAUUAUAUGAUCGUUGGAUAGCUCGUGUUUCAUCGAUUAUAUCUCAUGUCGAUACGAAUUUUGGUCGUUAUAUGCGUGAAAUAGGUGAUGGUUCUGGAGGUCAGAUUCGUUUUGAUGCUCCUUUGGAUAACAUCAGUGAUGCUAAGGUGUUGGUUCUCGUUAAGUUCCACCGUGACCGUGAUUUGUUACCGUUAUGUGCGUCAUAUCAGUCUGGUGGUGAGCGUUGUGUGACAACCAUGGUUUACAUUUUGGCUGUUCAGCAUCUUACUACUAAUGCCUUUUUCGUUAUUGAUGAGAUAAACCAGGGUCUCGAUUCGAACUACGAGAAGCGUUUAAUGGCUUUGCUGUUGAAUAACCGUGUUUCUAGUGACAGCAACGACAAUUCGGUUGACCUGUGUCCACGUGAGAGUGCCCCUCCGCAGUACUUUGUGAUAACCCCUCAGUUACUGCGUGGUAUCGAUUUGAAACCUGCUACUAUGCACUUUCCUCUCAACGGUCCCGGCGUUUUGAACGGCAUGGUUCUUUAG